UCUUGUGAAUGUCGCAUUUCCGAGGGUUGUGAAAGCGUCCGUUUUCCUAAUGUUGUGAUAAAUAGGCUUCACUGUAUUCCAACGGGGCGCCCCUCCUGGCCAAUCAGUGUGUCUGCAGCAGCUUCGACACCACCCCCCAGCGGCCGCACAGGCGCACUGAGCUUCCAACUGCCAUUUUGUGGCAGAAGCUACUCUGCUAAAGCAGGAGAAGGAUUAAAACAAACUGCGAAGAAGCCCGCAUUUUUCCCUAGUCGGCUAAACUUUGUAGCACAGACUCUGUGCUUUCCGCCGAGUUAAGCAGAAGGAGAAACAGACUAAAAGAGGUUGGCAGGGACAGUCAGGUAGCAGGCAUUUGAUCGAGCACAGCUCAGGGCUUUCAGCAGCAAAAAAAGGAGAUCUCUGAUACAAGAACCCUGCAGACUGCAGCCUAGUCAGCAAAGUCAUGUUUAAGUCAUUAUCCUUUCUAUUCCAGUUCCUACCCAGCAUGGACGGGAGGCCAACAGAUGGUUUAGGGGUUGUGGAUGUCCCCACCAAAGAGUUUCCGUCCAUCCAAGCUGUUCACAGCCAGGAUGCCAUGGUGGUGGAUCUCCUUCAGCAAGCAGCUGAGGCUGGGGGUGUGGUGGAGGGACAAGCUGGAGUUGUCGUAGAACAAGGUCACGGGGAAGGAAUGGCAGCAGCCACUCAAUCCCAGCAACAGCUAAUGGAAGGAGUUGGUGUGGAAGGUGGCACAGGUGUUGAAAUGAUGGUUAUGGACUCAUUGGAUCCCACCCUGUUGCAGAUGAAAACUGAGGUAAUAGAUGCUGCAGUGGGAGGAUCAUCAGCUGCGGUGGGUGUGGUCGGAGGUGUACCAGGUGGUGCUCACCAAGCUACUGUGACAACUGUGGAUCAAACGCAGAUAAUCACCCUACAGGUGGUGAACAUGGAGGAGCAAGCCGCGUUGGGCUUGGGGGAGCUACAGCUGGUUCAGGUGCCUGUUUCAGCCACUACUGUAGAGGCGCUUCAACAGGGCAAUUUUGUAGACACUACUGCAAUGCCUAAAGAUGGAGACCCAGUUAUCUGUCACACCCUUCCACUGCCUGAAGGCUUUCAGGUAGUUAAGGUUGGUGCUAAUGGUGAGGUGGAGACUGUGGAACAGGAGGAGGAAGGAGCAGAAACGCAACCUGACGAGGAGGAAGAUGAAGAGGUGGGUAACCAGCUUCUGGAGGAGGGGGAAGAGGAGCCUGUUCAGCCUCCAAAUGACGACCCAACCUGGGCUAAGGACCCAGACUAUCAGCCACCAUCUGGAGUUGUUAAGAAGAUCAAAAAGGGUAAAAAGAGUCGUCUGCGUUAUGCUGAGGGAGACAAGGAUAUGGAUGUCAGUGUCUAUGACUUUGAGGAAGAACAGCAGGAGGGCCUUCUGUCUGAGGUCAAUGCUGAGAAAGUGGUCGGCAACAUGAAACCACCUAAACCUACCAAGAUAAAGAAGAAGGGAGUGAAGAAGACAUUUCAGUGUGAGCUGUGUAGCUACACAUGCCCUCGACGCUCCAACUUGGACAGGCACAUGAAGAGCCACACAGAUGAGAGACCUCACAAAUGUCAUUUGUGUGGAAGAGCUUUUAGGACAGUCACUUUGCUAAGAAACCAUCUCAACACUCACACCGGAACUCGUCCACACAAGUGUACAGACUGUGAUAUGGCUUUCGUGACUAGUGGAGAGCUGGUUCGCCAUCGUCGCUACAAGCACACACACGAGAAACCCUUCAAAUGCUCCAUGUGUGACUAUGCCAGUGUGGAGGUGAGCAAAUUAAAGCGUCACAUUCGUUCCCACACCGGCGAGCGUCCAUUCCAGUGCAGUCUUUGCAGUUACGCUAGCAGAGACACUUACAAGCUGAAGAGACACAUGAGGACACACUCAGGAGAGAAACCCUAUGAGUGCUACAUCUGCCAUGCCCGAUUCACCCAGAGUGGAACCAUGAAGAUGCACAUUCUGCAGAAGCACACUGAAAAUGUGGCCAAAUUCCACUGUCCACACUGUGACACUGUCAUUGCACGCAAAAGUGACUUGGGUGUCCAUCUUCGUAAGCAACACUCAUUCAUUGAGACUGGAAAGAAAUGUCGUUACUGUGACGCAGUUUUCCAUGAGCGCUACGCUCUGAUCCAGCACCAGAAGUCACAUAAGAAUGAGAAGAGGUUCAAAUGUGACAUGUGUGACUACUGCUGUCGCCAGGAGCGCCACAUGGUCAUGCAUCGCCGAACCCACACCGGAGAGAAACCAUAUGCCUGCAGCCAGUGUGAAAAGACCUUCAGACAGAAGCAGCUCCUGGACAUGCACUUCAAACGCUACCAUGACCCCAACUUUAUCCCUGCCACCUUUGUUUGUCCCAAGUGUAACAAGACCUUCACCCGAAGGAACACCAUGGCUCGCCACGCGGAGAACUGCAGCGGUGAGGUGGAGGAUGCUGAGAAUGGAGCUACAAUCCCAAAGAAAGGAAGAAGAGGAAGAAAGAGGAAGAUGAGGAGCAGGAGGGAUGAUGAUGAUGACAGUGAUGAGGAUCAUGCUGAGCAGGAUGAUGAUGAGGAAGAGGGUGAGGGUGAGGAAGAGUCAUCACUUCUACAGGAAGAGGAGGACCCAGAAAGCAUGGAGCUGGACCAGGCUCCAGCUGCCAUUCCUGUACCAGCCCCCGAUGAGCCACCAGUCAAGAGGAAACGAGGCCGCCCCCCCAAAAAUGCCCCCAAGCCUCCAACACCCAGCAAGUCCGUUAGAGUUGCUACCAAAACAACUGCUUCUGCUGCUGCCAUCAUUCAAGUGGAGGAUGAGAGCACUGGGGCAGUGGAGAACAUCAUAGUGAAGAAGGAGGAAGGUGAUGCCUCUGCAGCGACUCCUCUGGAGCAGGGAGUGGCCCUCACUGUGGAGGGGGUGGGGCUUGAUGAAGGGGUAGAGACUGUUGAGCUUCCUGUGAACGAAGAAACAGCGGCAGCUUCAGCCAACGGAGAUUUGACACCAGAGAUGAUCCUUAGCAUGAUGGACCGGUGAACGUAACACAGAAACGCACAUGUAGCCGGACUAUGACUAAAAUUACUGCAUACUUCCCCAUGGCCUUCAUUUCGUGCUUCAUCCAAUGGCAGCCGUUCUGCUAAAAUGGCUUCCGAAUGCGACAGCAGGAGCAGUCGUGCACUAAGAGUAGAAGCUGCAUGUAUGUGUUUAAACACAAUGUCUUCACAUCCCCGUGUGUCAGCCUGUAUGCCCAUGUUUCAGGACUCUGUCACACAUCCUUCCGUGACCCUUACUGUACACAGAUAAUGUCAAAGCUAAAACUGCUCUCUGCUGUUAAAUGCUUUUUUCCAGUU